AUGAAACUUAUUCCAUCCCGCACUACCCAAGCACCUACUGUUGCAUUGGGACAAGGUGAUCUUCACAUCAUGGAUCCAUCGAUCAAAGGAAAUGAAUAUCAAGCAUUUUCUAUCGCCUCAAGUACAAAUGCAAUAUCUGGACCGUCUCUGACCCCAUGUGGCUCGUGCAAUCCACUUGUACUACCCAAAGAUAUAAAAAGUGUUAAGGGCCCCCGGAUUUCCCUCAAAGCAAGCGACUUAUCAGAGUUAAAUGCUGAGGAAACGGUAUCUUCCGGGGGCCAAAAAGAAUCACCUGCCCAUUAUGAAAUAAAAACAGGGCCAACUAUAGACGUCAAUAAAAAAAGGCCUUCCGGGGGUUUCAUUAAGCAAAAUCAGGUGCGACAGUCUACACUAGGUCCAUGCAAUCCCAGAGCCAGAGCUUCUGUUAUACCAGCUCGACUGAAGCAUAGGGCCUUAGCGUGUCACAAAGUGAUGAAACUCUGGCCACGCACUUACCGUGGCGCCCGAAAAUUGACUGCGGAGCUUUGCAAAGCAAAGCUGCGCUUUUUGAAAAAUCAUGUGAAAGAUCAGAGUGAUUUAUUCAGUGAUGGAGAAGCCUUGUUGCAUGAGAUAGCCAGUGCUUAUCCAAAAUAUAAUCAAAUCAUCCGUGCCCUUCCUAUGUUGAUGGACUUAGUUCCUGGGGAACUCAAAGAAAAGAUGAUGGCCACAGGGAACAUGGAGAUGUUGAAGAUAGGAGCUUUGUUGGUCAAGGAAUGGACCUCAGGGUCGGUUCGAUUCAAAAAGGAUUGGUAA